CCGCACAGCCGCCUCGCACGCCGCCGCUUCGCGCGCCUACAACACGCGCACGCGUACACCCCCCGCCACCCGCGCCCCGCGCGCCGCCGACACGUGCGUCUCUACUCUUAACACCUGCAUCCUCAUGGUAUCCACCUCUACUUAAUACAGUUUCAUAAUGCAAGAACAAAGUUCGUCGCGAUCGAGCAAGUCCACUUUAAACUCGUUGGAAAGCGCAAUAAUCAAGCUCAAGAAUAACCUACAAAUACAAGACACGAAGACUUCUACCGAAAUGAACGGGAUCCUGGCAGUCGACCCACCGUCUCCUCAUUCGGAUACAAAAACGAAUUCAAGUAAGACACCUAGUUCAUCUUCAAACACAAAUAUUAACCUGUCGAUAGCAUCGGCAGCGUUAUUGCAAGAAAACAUGUUGCAACGAUCGCUGCAAGGUGUGGUUAUAUCUCUGCAAAAUGCAAUGAUGAAUUCAUUGCAACAAGCUGCAUUGUUGCCUUCGAAUUCCGCGGCAGCUGCGGCAUUAAAUUUACAAGCAUUGGAAUCCUAUUUGACUUUACAACGUCUAACAUCUGUCUCAUCUGUAAACAAUACGUCUCAGCCUAAUACAUCCGAAAAUAGUUCAACAUCCAAACAAGACAUUUUACGAAUAGCGACGGCAAGUGCAAAGAUAAGUGAAGUAGAUGCGUCAGAGAAUGCUUCUAGAGAAUUUUCACCAAAAACACCUGAAGAGUAUCCUUUAUCUGAUGCUAUUGCAGCUGAAGAUGUAGACUUAUCUGAAGAAGUAGAAGAAGACCUAGCGUUACUAGACAAUGAAGAUGAAUUUACCUUGGAACAACAUCUAGAAUCAUCAUCUAAAUACGGAUUCAGUUCAUCCCAGAACUUGGAUAAUGGAUACCCGAGUCUUCUAAUGAAUGCGAUGUAUCAACAACAAAUGAAUGGAAGUCCAUCCCAAGCACCCCUAUCACCGCAACCUUCUAAUUCUUCAAGUAGUAAAUCUACAAAUAGUUCUACAUCUUCCACCGGCAGUAGUAUAUCUAAUAAGCAGAAAACGACUGGGGGUGGGCCGCGGACGAAAAAACAAUUCAUUUGCAAGUUUUGCAAUCGACAAUUCACGAAGUCUUACAACUUACUCAUCCAUGAAAGGACGCAUACAGACGAGAGGCCGUACUCGUGUGACAUCUGCGGGAAAGCUUUCCGACGGCAAGAUCAUCUGAGAGACCACAGAUACAUCCACUCUAAAGAGAAGCCUUUCAAAUGCCUCGAGUGCGGGAAGGGUUUCUGUCAAUCUCGAACGUUGGCCGUCCACAAAAUUUUACACAUGGAAGAGUCCCCUCACAAGUGUCCUGUUUGUAGUCGCAGCUUUAACCAAAGGUCCAACCUAAAGACCCACCUUCUAACCCAUACGGAUAUUAAGCCAUACAAUUGUUCAUCUUGCGGAAAAGUGUUUAGAAGAAACUGCGACUUGCGACGUCACAGCCUCACCCACAACCUCGUCGGCAUCUCCUCAGUCAACACCUCACCUAGUGGAAGCAACGGCAAAAGCCCUCUACUCAACCCCAACUUUCCUAUCGACAACCUCGACACGGAAGAAGAAAACUAGUGACCAUAACUUACGUGAAUAGUUUAAAGACUGAUUAAAAGCCUAUAAAAGAAUUGCCUUGUAGUCUUAAGGUUUACAACGCUCUUAUGUACAGCUAUAAAAUUAGACAGUAAAAUGACCAUCAAAGUUAUGGAACCAGUUGAUGGUGAACACAAAUUAUGGCUGUCAAAUUGCGGUGAUAAUUUAUACAACCGCUUUUUAUUUUUAUGCAAAUGGGCGUCGUUGUGGCUUAUGAACGAUAGGUAUAUAAAACGACUACUAUAUUUGCAAUGCAGUGCUAGAAGUCUUUAGUCUUUGAGUUCGACUUUAGUAUUAUUAUGUUCUCAUUUGUUUGUUUUCUGAAAUCUUGUAUAUUUUCUGAUCUCAUUUUGUGUAUAUAAAUAAUAAAUUAUGUUUAAGCGAAACCUGUGCACUCCGUCCUCCCUAGCUUUAAGAUUAGUUUGUAUAGAUAUUAUGUAAAAUCAUAAUUUGAGUAAGAGGAUGAAUUUAAUACCUAUUUUUUUAAUAUUUACAACUUGUGUCUUCCUCAAAAUUUGGCGUCAUAGUGUGAAAAUAAACUCUUUUAAAGAUAUAUUUUCGAAAGUUAUGUGUAAAUGUUUUAGAGAAUAAUAAAAUAUAAUUAAAUGAAUCAAUACGUA